GUGCUGUUUGUUUGUUUAUAUAAAAGAUAAAGAAGAAUAAGAUAUAAGACUGUUUCUAGAGCACUGACAGCAAAAAAACUCACAGUUCACCGCGAGAAUCCGCUGAGGCUUGCAUCCGCUAAGGGUUAGGGCGUGUACCCUGAUCCCGCCUGGCAAACGCUCGGCAGACACUGACAGCUUCCUCGCGCUCUUCUCUCGAUCUAUCUCGCUCCCCUCCUCCUCCUCCUCUUCACUGGCCCCUCCUCCUCUGUCUAUAUGCCUCUCUGAUCCGGCCAUGAACACAAACAUACCGCGGCAGCAGCUGCCGGGUGACAACUGGCGCGACUCCCACACCACGACCCAGCGACAGCACUACAUCAACACCCUAGUGAACACCCUCCGCAAGUACGCCCAUGGCGGACCCCAGGAGAAAAUCGUGCAAUUCGCGACCCAGGCCGAGAAUCAGGCCUACGUCAAAGGAAAAUCAAAGGAGGAUUACAUCAACCUUCUACGCGAGCGCAUGGAAUAUGUUCGCAAGUCGGCCGAAAAACAGGCGCAAAUGGCGCAACAGCAGCAUCUGCAGCAACAACAGCAGCAACAACAACAGCAGCAACAACAGCCCACCGCUCAGCAACACCAACAGCUCCCCAUGGGCCAGCAAGGCUCGCAAUUUGUCCAGCAGAACCGACAGCAACCUGACGACAUGAUGUCAAUGAUGCCGAUGAACCAGCAACUGCAGCAAGGCAACCCUGUCGCGCAAUUCUCGUCAAACAUGCAGGGACUGCAAAACAUGGCCCAGCAGCAGCAGCAGCCUCAAUCUCAGCAGAAUGGUAUGCAGCAAGGUACUCCCCAGCAGUCGAUGCAGUCCGGUGCGCAGCAGAACUUCAAUGUCGCCGGAUCAUACCCCAACGCGCUCAGACAAGCAAUGUCCCAGCAACAGCAGCAGCAGCAGCGCACCAUGCAACAAGGCGCUCAGGACGCGCAGGGACAAGGAAACAACCAGCAACCUCAACCGAACCAGAACGGCCAAAAUCCUACUCGCUUCACGCAGCAGCAGUUGAUGGCCGCCCUCCAGCAACAGCAGGCGCGACUCCCGCAGAACCAAGCAAACAUGACUCCCCAGCAGCAGCAGCAAUUCGCGCAGCUACGGCAUCUCAUCAACCAGCAGUACAAUAACGGAGGCAGAUCGGCAAACCCCGCCGACCUCCAGGCCGUACUGGCGGCUCUGCAGCAGCGACAACAGCAGCAACAACAGCAGCCACAGCAGCAGCAAUCGGUUCAGAACAAGCAGCAGGAUGUAAUGUCGAGCCCCACCAUGCCGCAACAGAACAACCAAACUUUCAGCAACCCAAACUCGCAGCAGUUGCUUAUCCUACAGCAAAAGAUGAUGCAACAGCAGAAGCAGCAACAGCAGCAGCAGCAGGCAUCACAGGGCCAGCAAAUGCAAUCCGGUAAGCCAUUGGUACAGCAGCAGCAGCCGGUUCGGACGGGCCAGAUGAUGAAUUCAGCGCCGUCGCAGCCUGGCAUGCCGCAGCAGCAGCCCACACCAGCGCAGCUGCAACAGCGCCUGAUGCUACAACAACAGCAACAGCAACAGCAACAGCAACAGCAACAGCAACAGCAACAGCAACAGCAGCAACAACAGCAGCAGCAACAACCGGUUGGUGCUUCUCAGCCGUUGGGUCGUCCAGGUCAGAACCCGCAAGUUGCCGGCCAGCCUGGCCAGCAAUUACCUGCACAGGCUGACCCUGUUCGAGCAUAUGUGCUUCGCAGCAAGAUCCCGCAGUCCCUUCUCAAACUGAUGCCGUUUGUGCCUGCUGGCGUUGAUAUGUGGGUUCAGAUUUUCACGCUCAUCAAGGACCAUACUAUUCCAUCUGAUGUCAUGCCCACGAUCAAGAACGUACAUGCGCGUCAUGAGCAGAUGGUGCGUGCUCUACUGAUCGAGCAGAAUAACAAGAAGCAACAACAACAACAACAGCAGCAGCAGCAACAGCAACAACAACAGCUCCAGCAGCAGGCAAACCAAUCUGGUGGUCAGCCUAUAGGCAUGCAGAACACUGGCGCGGAUCAAGGACUCGGCCAAGGAAUGAAAGCUAGUCCGACCAUUACGCAGCAGCAACUCCGACAAGGCCGUAAACCUGACCAAUCGCCCCAGAUGAUGCGAAAUGCUCUGAUGGCGAAUCAGCAGAAGCCACAGCAAGGGAACUUGCAGAUGAUGCAGCAACAAGGAAUGAUGGCUGGGCAGCAACCCCAGCAGCAGGCUUCGAUGACCAUACCUCAUCAAUUUGGUCCGCAGCAGAGCACUCCGGAGAUGAACAGCAUAAAUCUGCCAACCGAUAAAGCCGCGCAACAGCAGGCGUUGUAUAAUAGCAAGUUGAUGAAUCGGUCGCCGCAGCACAACCAAGCCUCUCCGGCUAUGGCUCAGAUGUCGAUGCAGUCUCAGCAGCAGCAGAAAUGGCUCAUGGGAGCACAGCAGAAGCAACUCCAGCAGCAGGCUCAGUUGCGACAGCAGGAGCAGCAGCAACAACAACAACAACAGCAGCAGCAGCAGCAGCAGCAUCUGCAGCAAGGCGUCUCCCAGCAGUCUCAGAUGUCACCGGAACUGAUGAUGCAGCAGAACGCAAUCAACCGUCAGCAGCAGUCGCAACAAGUUCAGCAGCCUCAGAACAUAGGUGUGGCCGCGGAUCCGCAAAAGACCGAGCAGACGCCCGAACAGCAUCGGCAGGAUAUGGAGAAGCUGCAGCAAAUCUGUGCUGAGAUCAUGCGGUCGCGACAGCCCUCUGUGCCUCUGGACUUGAGCCCGGACGAUCAGGCGGCGGUCAGAGAUGGAGUGAUCUCAUUACAGGAAGCUUGCAGACAGCUGGAGAGGCUGAUUCGUUGGUCUCACACAGUCCUGAGAAAUGAAUCGGUUACCCGAAGACUGAUCUAUAUGCAAACGUCAUACAAAGAGCAGUCGGAGGCACUCUCGAGAGGGGUUUACUUUUUCAACGCCGAGUCGAUGAUGAAGUUCCGAAACGAACUCCGCAAAGUGUUUAACUAUUUCCGGAACAGUCAGAGACUACCAGAUGGUACGCAAGCUAGACCCGCCCCCGCUCAAAUGGCUCAGCAGAUGGUUCAGGGAGGUAAUCAAAUGAUGCCGCAGCAGCAACAGCCGCAGCAGCAGAUGCCGAUGCAGCAGGGAUUCCAGGGUAUUGCUGGUCAGCAGCAGAUGGCACGUCGACCGCAGGCGCAACAGGCCAUGCAGGGCGUUGGACAUCAACUGCCUGUUGAUGCUAAUGCGCAAAUGAUGGCACAUCAGCAGCCCCAGCAGAACCAAACUCAGGCUCAGACGCAGCAACGCAACGCAGCUGGGAUGGUCAACAUGCAGCAGCAGCAGCAGCAACAGCAGCAGCAACUGUAUCAGCAGCAGCAAUUUGUUCCGCCGCAAAAUCUUGCACAGAACGCUGUCACUCAAGCGGGAGUGGUUCCCAGAGCCGCGACGGCCACGGCUGCGAAUACUGCGGCCGCUCGCCGCAACGCGAAGAACGUGCCCGCGCCAGUGCCAGCCAGUCAGGCGGCUCAGUUUAUGAGCCAGAUGACGCCGGCUCAGCGUGCUAAUGCUGUGCAGAUGCAGAUGGCGCAGCAACAGCAGCAGCAUCAGCAACAGCAGCAGCAGACUGCCUCUGCUGCGAUGUUGAUGAACCAGCCAUCAAAAGUAUCGCCUGCUGGUAUGCUGGUGACGAGCCCGCAGGGAGUGCCGAUCUAUACGCAGUCGACGACGCCUAUUGACCAGUCUCAACUGAAACUGCCGCCCGGAAGGAAGCGCUCGCUGAACGCAAAGGCCAGCCCUGCCUCGGACGAGCCACCGUUCAAGAAAGACAGGCUAGAGGCGGUGGCGAAAGCGGGAGGCCAGACGGCCGCCGCUCGUCAGCAGCAGGCUGGUGCUUCGGGCAAUCAUGCGAUGGAGGAGAUGCUUGCCAAGCAGCGCGCAGUGCAGGAAGAGGAGGAGCGACGACUGAAAGAACUAGCGAUGAAAGAUCCGCUUGCGUACGCGCUGCGGACCGUUGCCGACGUGUGCAGGGUCGACCCCGAGAGCGAGAAGGAGAACAUCAAGCCCGAGAGCCGGUCGCAGUCGAUCUCGACGCCUGGCGCGAACAUCAACCAGGGCGCUGCAGCGAACGUACCCACGCCCAGCGGCUCGGCCGCUACGCCGUCGGCGAUGGGAGGUGUCGGAGGAAGUACGCCGGGCGGUCACCGUGGCAGUGCGAGCGGAAGCCAGUCCGGAAGCUCGAGUCAUCUGCAAGCGGGCGGGAGUGGGUUGCCGUCGUACUUGACGCCGUUGAAGUACGUGUAUACCAGCGCGGGUCUGUAAUAUGUGAGACGCAGUUAUGAUCUCUGCCGUGUUUUUUUAUUUACUUUUUUGGAUUUCUCUAUUUUUGUCUCCAUUUUUGAGAGGAGAGCUUCACUGUAACCAUUAUUCUUUUUCUUCUUCUUCUGUAUAAAAGCUUUUUCAUUGUUUAGUGCAGUGAUAUUUCUUGAUUUUGAUUGAUUCGGGUAACAAAAGCGGCGUAUCUUGAUUCUAUUUAUAAUUCCCUUGUUUUGAUUUAAUCUUGUUGUUUAGUGUGAUUUUGUAAUGAAAGAAAGCAAUAGUCAGUAUAUAUAUAUAUAUAAGAGAUCAUAGACAGUUG